UCGUAUGUUACGUCAUCACGCAAGUGCCGCCAAGCGAGUCGUCCUAGCAAACUGCUGCUUCUGCCAGUGCGACGUUACUUGUGGUGGACGGGCGCACACGAAGGCCACCAUGGUGCUGAACCCAGUGAUUUCCAAGCUUGCUGGCAAACUGGUUGUGCUGGCGAGUUCCUCUCCCAGAAGGCUGGAGAUACUCCGCAAUGCGGGCUUGCGAUUUGAGGUUGUUCCAUCUUGGUUUAAAGAAACUCUCGAUAAAGGACUUUUUAAAGCCCCUCAUGAGUAUGCGGUUGAGACAGCCAAGCAGAAGGCCCUUGAGGUUGCCCGGAGGAUGCCACUUAAACACCUGAAGACUCCAGACAUGGUGAUCGGUGCAGACACCAUUGUGAGUGUGGACGGCAUGAUUCUUGAGAAGCCAGUGGACAAACAAGACGCUUACAGGAUGCUGUCGAGUCUAAGCGGUAAAGAACACAGCGUAUUUACUGGAGUGGCUAUUGUCCUGUGCCACGAAGAAGAAAACCAAGUCGAUUACCAGUUGAUAGACUUCUAUGAAGAAACAAAGGUAAAGUUUGCUGACCUCUCGGAAGACAUGCUGUGGGAGUACAUCAAUAGCGGUGAACCCAUGGACAAGGCCGGCGGCUACGGGAUUCAAGCCCUAGGCGGCAUGCUGGUGGAGAGCGUCCGCGGCGACUUUCUCAACGUCGUCGGGUUCCCCCUCAACCACUUCUGCCGGCAGCUGGACGCGAUCUACAACCACAGCUCGUCUCUCUCCAAAGAGAGCAAAGACGACGCCGUUUACUUGAUCCGCAACUUCGCCGACGGCGCCUCAGAACUCACACAAUCCGCCCACAGCAGUGAGGCCAAACACAGCUCCUCUCCCACCCCCAAAUGCAACAGCGGCUCCACCAGUCCGGCCCAUAAGGUGAAAAGGACGGGCGAGGGGAGUGAACCUAAGCAUCGCGGCACAGAGGCAGAGCUCCACGACUCUCAGUGUACAAAGUCACUGAUCAGGAACGGGGAGCAGGUCACUGAGCCCAAGAAAGAGGAUUUGGAGCGAGUCUGUGACCUGCUGGACGGAUUCAAAGCAUCAAAGGCACUGUUUACAGCUUCCAAACUGCGCGUGUUUGACCUGCUGCACGACAAGCCUGGGCUGGACGCCGCGCAGGUGGCCCAGCAGGUCAAGGCUUCAGUGAAGGGAACCGAGUGCCUGCUGGAGGCCUGUGCGUCUUUGGGACUGCUGAGGACCAAAAAGAAGCGCUCUCCCAAGCCCGCGUACGAGAACACCGACCUGGCCACGAGCCUGUUGGUUUCCGAUGCUCCUUUCUCGCUGCACGGAUACAUCCAGCACUGUAACGACACGCUGUGGCCCCUCUACUCACACACCGAGAGCGCGGUGAGGGAGGGAGCCAGCCAACGGGAAAGAGCCAAGCAGUCAGCGGCCGUCUGCCAGGGCAAAGACGCAGGCGGUAACAGUGAAGAAGUCCGACUUCGGUUUCUGGAUGGGAUGCAUAGCUACUCCAAAGUCACUGCGGCAACCGUCGCCACGGCCUUUGACUUGUCCAGUUUUAAAACGGCCUGCGACCUCGGAGGAUGCACCGGUGCCAUGGCCUACGCGCUCACCAAAGCUCAUCCUGGAUUGUCGGUAACCGUCUUUGACCUGCCCGCUGUUGUGGAGCUGAGGGAGCGUUUCCUCCAUCCGAGCGACCAGGACAGCAGCGUGGCAUUCGUGGCAGGAGACUUCUUCAAAGAUGAACUGCCCAAAGCGGACUUGUACAUCCUUGCAAGGGUUCUUCACGAUUUAACGGAAGGCAAACUCCACUCUCUUCUGAGUAGAAUUGCAGAUUCUUGUACACCAGGCUGCGGACUCCUGCUGAGCGAGAUCUUCCUGGAGGAAGACAGAAGCGGGCCGAGCCGCGGGCUGCUGCAGGCCCUCAGCCUGAGCCAGGUGAGACAGAGGAGCGCGGCGGAGUACAGUCUGCUUCUGAAGGGCCACGGUUUCCUCACCACACAAGUCAAACGCACAAACAACCUCCUGGACGCCAUGCUCUGUGUCAAAGCAUGACCCGAUGACAGCUUUAACAACUCUACACGGAAGCUCUUGUAAUAUACUUUGUACUGUAUGCUGUGGAUAACUAUCAGAAAGAUGAAAGAUUGAAAGAAGGAGACUUUUUUGGUAGAAGAGCCAAACUAACUCUGCAUUUACGAACAGACAAUGUCACACCUUGAUUAUGCUUCAUCUUUUUAAAAUAAAGUUUAAUCGUUUACCAAUCUUUUUUUAUUGUUUUAUUUGUCUUAUCUGUGGAGGAAGAAGUAUUCACUUAAAAAGUGUUGCACUAUCAUUCAAGUGCAUAAAUACAGAUAUCAACAAGCUCUUUGAGAGUUUGAAAACACUACAUGUGUUACUCAAGCACGGUCAGAUGCUCUAAGAAGACCAGUGCUAUUUUCUUAAAGGCAGACUGAACAGCUAGUGAUACAACAACUUAAUGGAAUAAGUUGACGUUUUUUAAGAAUAAUUCAAAAAAAUAAAAUGCCUCCAAAUAACAUGUUCAAUAGAAAAAUGUCAUGUUUUGGUAUUAUUUCUCCUGCCCAUUAAAUUUGAACAGCAUUUUUGAAUGAAUGAAUAUCCUCAUGACAGAACGGGAACAUUAACCAAGAAUUAUUUGUCAAUUCUUUUUGCAGCAGGAUAAGAAAAUAAAGCUGAAAAAAUAUAAGCG